CACCAGGUUCUUCCCCAUCUUCUUCUUCUUCCCCAAUUCUUUCCUUAUUCUUUCCUCCUCCUAACUUCUUCACAAUCGCAGCCGCAGCCCUCAGGUUCUUUCUGCAUCUUUUUCUUCUUUCCCAAUUCUUUCCUUUCUUCCAUCUUCUUUCCACUUCCUCCUCCUUCACAGUCCCCGCCCACCCGCAACAUUCCACAGUCGCCGCCCCGAUUCCAACUAAAAUUUAAGUCAUGGCUGAACCGCCGGUUGACAAAUAUACGAAUCGAAAACCGGAGGUUCCGAACCGGAAGGGCAAGUCUAACCCCUCAAGGUGGGAAUCGUGUUCUGUGUUCUGAGCCCAAAACAAAUUCAAGAAACCAUAAUAGCCUACUCACUCAGUCUUCCCCCCUCUAGGUUAAUCUAUCAACAAACCCAAAACCAAACCCGCCGUCAAUUCCACACCUGAAGCCCCUCCACUGCCGAUCGUCUCUAAGUUGACAAACAGAGAGAGAGGAAGACGCUUCGAUUUACAUCUGCGAUUGCACUACUGCACAUGCUUUUUUUACCUACCCACCAGGUUAUAAUGCUAUAAAUAAAAUCCAACAUCAAACUUGGGUAUGAGUUUGAUUGCACGAGUGAGGCAGCAUUUGCCAUAUGGAUUCUUGAGAAGGCAUGCGGCAUCCCCUUCAAUCAGAAACUUUACUCAGCCAGCAAGGGUCGAAGACGAAGAGGAAGUUGAAAUAGAUCAAAGAAGGCUUCCUGCUGAUUAUGACCCAGCAAACUUCGACCCCACAGAGCAUCGUAGCCCCCCAUCUGAGAGGGUAUGGAGGCUUGUUGAUGAAAUAGCUGGGUUGACUCUUGCUGAAUCUGCGGAGCUGUCGUCUAUUAUGAUGAGGAAAUUGGGCAUGAAGGAAAUGCCAGUCAUUGGGGUCAUGAAGCCCGGUGCUGUUGGAGUGGCAGGGAACACUGCAGCAGCAGCAACAGCAGCCAAGGAGGAAAGCAAGCCUGAAAAGACUGCAUUUGAGCUAAAGCUAGAAUCUUUUGAUGCUGCAUCGAAGCUCAAGAUUAUUAAGGAGAUCCGCAGUUUUACUGAGUUGGGGCUGAAGGAGGCAAAAGACUUGGCAGAGAAAUUGCCUGCAAUCAUCAAGAAGGGGGUCCCCAAGGAAGAAGCAGAAAAAAUUGUUGAAAGGAUGAAAGCAAUUGGGGCAGUAGUCAUAAUGGAUUGAUCAAUUGUUUUCAUUCAUUCAUAUCUGUAUUGUAUGCAUGCUUUGUCUUGUCUGAUGAUUGUUUCUUCUCUCGAUAUAUGUAUGGAAGGAAGGAUGCAUUGCACGAUAUACUCUUGGAGAAUAAUCCAAUCCAAUCCCAUCCCUCA